AUGCUACAGCUUGUUCUGCUUUUCUCUUGGUUUGCAAUAAACAAUGCUGCAACUUCCACUUCUCUUACACCUACCGAAUUCGUCGGCGGAAAUUCAGAAGUGUGUCAAAUAUGGAAGAACAUGACAAAAGAAGAAAUUUGCGACUACGUCAAUUACCACGAUGACAUUUGCGAAGGCGGUGGAUAUCUGCUGUGGUCGCAAUAUGUCGAAUGCCAGUUUGAUAUCGGAAAAAAGGUUGGAGUAAUAAUCGCUGGAGUGUUAUGGAUGUUUAUGUUGUUCAUAAUGGUAUCCACUACUGCGGAUGAUUUCUUUUCUCCCAGCGUUUCAUCGAUUGUCGCACAUUUGAAAAUCAGCGAAAGCAUAGCGGGUGUAACAUUUAUGGCAUUCGGAAAUGGUGCUCCUGACAUUUUUGGUUCAAUAGCGUCAGUAUUAAGUAGUCCAAAGCCUAAGGCGGGGCUUGCAUUGGGAGAACUUUUUGGAGCCGGUAUAUUCGUCACAACGAUGGUCACCGCCACGAUUGUACUCGUGAGACCAUUCAAGAUUGAUGUAUUUUCGACAAUUCGAGACCUUAUAUUUUAUCUCAUAGCUCUAGCUUGGAUAAUAUUUGUUUUCCUGUACAGUACCAGUGUCUAUAUAUGGGAACCUUCAGUGUACCUGGGAAUUUAUUGUGUUUACAUCCUCACUGUUGUUAUUAGUCAUCAACUUCACAAACGUAAAAGAAAAAAGUUACGGGAAAACAGCGUCAAAAGCAAACUGAGCAACGUAUUAUCGAGGCAAGGGAGUGUGAUGCCUGUGAUUCCUCAAAUUCAAAUCAUAUCGGAUGCGGUGGAGAAAAUCAAGCAAGAAAUGGAUUCGUCAAAUGGUGAAGUCUCUGAGGUGACAGUGAGGAAAGAACUUGCGAAAAGAGCUUCCAUAGCAAUCAACGGAGAUACGCUCAACAUUUUCCCCACGGAUAUCGCUCGUUUGUCGUCCAAGCUCCAAGAAAUCGAAGAAAAUGACAACACAUCCGAAGAAUCUUCGGAAGAAGAGUUUGUCGUCUCGCAUAAUUUGGUUUUAACCGGUCAUGAAGCACGGAGUAGAGCCGCUACUUUGGUCCCACCUCCUAUCAAAGUCGUAUCUGCUCGAACAUUCAUCUAUGAUAUCUACAGACAUCUACAUCCGUUACCGGAUGAUUGGAAUGAUCUCGGACGAUUCAGCAAAGCGAUGUGUAUCAUCAAAAUGCCAUCAAUAUUUUUGUUGAAGCUGACCGUUCCACUCAAUGAAUAUAGUUGGUCGAAAUCGAUGGCGAUUAUUCAGGCUGUGGUUGCUCCUCAAUGGUUCCUCUUCUCCGUUCAAUUGACUACGGUAGAACCAUUCGGUGGAAGCCCCGGGUUAUAUGCGUACGCACUGGUGCUAUCAGCGAUAAUCAUAGCACUUCUAGCAGUUUUUACAUCGAUCCAUACACAACCAAAAUAUUAUAAGGAAUUCGCCUCUUAUCUUGGAUUUCUCAUGUCGAUCUCAUGGAUUUAUUUUAUUUCUUCUGAAGUCGUUAAUGUUGUGACGAUGUUAGGAGUUAUAUCACACAUUUCGCAUGAGGUGUUAGGACUAACCAUCUUAGCAUGGAGCAAUAGUAUUGGUGAUUUAAUUGCCGAUAUCUCUGUUGUGAAGCAAGGAUACCCACGUAUGGCUAUGGCAGCCGCAAUUGGGGGACCACUUUUCAAUCUUCUGAUCGGUUUUGGCCUCCCCUUCCUCAUUGCCAAAGCGAAUGGCCGCACUGUAACGAUAAAUCUGAAUCCAACAUACCGAAUACUUCUCCUGUUUCUGGGGAUAUCAUUAGUCACCACACUUAUUGUCGACUACAUUAGUGCGCCAUUCAUUCGCCGAAAUGGCGAACUAUUCCUCAACUACGAUAACGAGAAAUUGUUCUUCAGCUCAGCACAACGAGAGAUGCUAACACACGAGAUUCUUACACAAAUCGACAUUAGUCGCGAAUUGGAGGGAAUGAAUCGCCGGGAACAAAAAGACGAUGAUGAAUCGCAAAAGUCUGUUAUCAGCGACGAGCCAUUGCGGAGGAAGGGUUUACAGUAUCUCAGAAUGGAGAAGACCUAUGAAGAUUCGUUUGUUCUGCAUGAACCUAGCAAGGAAGAGCCGUACUUUCGCAAAAUGAAAGAAAACUCCUUUGUAACCUAUGUAGAACUCAUGCAGGAGAUUGAGAGAGACCCCAGAAAAAAGUUGAGUGACCUAUGGAGCAGAUUCUUUCGAUUCCAACCGUUGGGCGUGAUCCGUGAAUAUUUUGGUGAGCAAAUUGGGUUCUAUUUCGCUUGGCAAGGCACUUUUCUUACCAUGUUGUGGCCAGCUACACUCCUAGGGCUUGCAGUAUUUGUCUAUGGAUUUGUGAAAAGCGUUCGAACAAAUCCCGCCACUUUUGGAAACUGCACGGUGAUCAACUAUGUUGGUCAAACUGAAAUUGUUCCUUGUGGUUUGCGGAAUAAGAUGGCACAGCUUUUCACGACAGUCUCCUCAUGGUUCAUGAAAUCAUUCGACAACGAACUUAAUGCCUUUUUCGCUGCCUUCGUGUCAGUGUGGGGAACGAUGUUCUAUCAAAUAUGGCGACGAAACAACUCAGUACUUGCCUAUGAAUGGGAUUGCGAAGAUUUUAACGAGGUGGAACCGGAUCGCCCUGAUUAUCAUGGAACAGCCACCAGGCAGGACCCAGUAACUGGAGAAACAGAGUACUUCAGUCCUCAAAUCGUACGCGUUUUCAAAUACACAAUUUCCUGCAUUAUCGUAAUUCUGAGCAUGUGCUUGGUGAUAGUCAGCGUUUUCCUAGUAACCUUAUACAAGUUAUGGGUGAUAUCGAACCAGGAAUGCAACAAAGAGUACACAUUCGCCUGCUCUCUCCUGGCUGCCUACGUGCCUUCAGUUAUGAAUACCGUAUCUACAAUGAUUCUUGGUAGCGUGUACGGAUGGAUGGUAGUGAGGCUGACGGAUUGGGAAAAUCAUCGUACAAACUCCGAGUAUCACAACGCUCUCGUCGUCAAAAUGUUCGCGCUCCAAAUGGUCAACAACUACACAUCACUUUUCUAUAUAGCGUUUAUUCGACCAGAGAACAAUGGUUUCCAAGAAAAAGGUUUGUUCGGUUUGGGUGAGAAAUUCAGAGAUGUUUGUUUGCCUGGCACGUGCGGUUCACUCUUAGCUGUCCAACUAAUUACUCAUAUGAUAAUUAAACCGCUCCCCAAAUUUACUGGCGAUAUCAUAGUACCAUAUGUGGUACGGAUCCUUCGCCUAAAAAAAUGGUACAGCCGGGAUCAUCAAACUAUGCAAGGAAUGCUGAACGAGAACGAUGAGACGAACGUGUUGGUGAGAGAGUGGAUGAAACCAACAGCUGGCGAAUUCACGCAAAGCGAAUUCAACGAGAAGAUCAUAUUGUUCGGGACCACUAUGAUGUUCGCAGCUCUCUUUCCUUUAGCACCGCUGAUUGCUUUAAUCAUCGGACUCAUAGAUCUGCGGGUAGAUGCUCUACGUCUUCUGUGGCUCAACAGAAGACCGAUUCCAGUAAUGACAUCAGUUGCAUUUACCUCUGACUUCUGCUCGAAUUUCUUCAGUGACGUCAUGUACUGCGAUAUCAAGAAUCGAUUCCUCAUAGUUAUAGUGUUUCAGAACAUGGUAUUUGUCCUGAAGUAUGUAUUUCAAAGCAUUAUACCCACAGUCCCAGCCUCCAUACGAGUAGCGCAAAGAAGGAAGCGAUAUGUUGUGAACUACGUUAUCGAAAAAGGAGACGUACCGUAUAGGGUCAGAAAUAGGAAAAGAACACGAAACGCGAAGCUUGCCUGGAUAAUGUCACGCGCCAGAGGAGGACUCGCUCCAAGACUAAUACCGAAGGUCGGCGUCGAAACCACUGACGAUGCUUCUCCAUCAUCUUAG